AUGUCAGGUCCGUUAGUAACUGAAGAAAUCACCACUGCAAGUAACUACUGGGUGAAGAGAGUUCAGAAAGCAGACGAUACAUGUCUACAGUCUCCAGGAUGGAAGCUAAUCAAAGAUGAACAUACGGGUGUUCUUAAGUGUGAAGGCAGAAUUAAAGGAUACAGGCCGACUUACCUUCCUGGAGGACCACUUGCUGAGAAGCUUAUUGUUCACAUACACAAUCAGGUCAUGCAUCUUGGUACCGCGAACACAAUGGCGAGUGUGAGACAGGGCUGGUGGAUACCGAAGUUGAGAGCUAAAGUCAAGAAGGUGAUUAAGAAGUGCAAUGUUUGCAAAGUGUUCUCCACCAAACGAUAUGGAGUUCGGUCGCCACGCGCCUUACCAGAAUACAGAAUGGAGGGGAGCAGACCAUUUGAAGUGACCGAAGUGGAGUUUGCCGGACCCUUGACAUAUAAGGUCGGCAAGAAAGAAGAAGGAAAGUGCUAUGUUAUUAUUUUCAUUUGUGCCAGCUCCAGAGCAGUCCAUUUAGAAGUCGCAAGAACCCAAACAGCAGACGAAUUCAAAAAUAAGCUUAAUGCCUUCAUCUCGCGUCGAACAAGACCUCGCAUCAUCAUCUCGGAUAAUGCCAAAGUGUUUAAGGCCACAGCAGAUUGGGUCAAGACUGUUAGGAAAAGUGAGAAGCUUCAGAAUUAUCUAGCACGUGAGAAGAUUCGCUGGGGAGGCAUCUACGAGAGGUUGAUUAAGGAGAUCAAGAAGACCCUUCACAACACCUUAGGGAGGUCAUAUCUUUCCUAUGAGGCGUUUGAAUCAGUCGUCAUGGAUGUUGAAAGAAAUCUGAACAAUCGACCCCUGCCGUAUGUUGAAGCAGAGGGAGGAGAGGAGGAAGUGCUUACCCCGAACACGAUCCUGUGGGGACGAGAUGUGUAUCCAGUGGAUGACACUGCAGGCUCAGACGCAGAGAAGCUGACAAGGAUGACCAAACGAUUAGGAGAUGCUAAGGCCCAUGCGUGGAAACGCUGA